AUGAAAAUCCUCAUAAUUUUGACAAGUUUUGUCUCUGGCUUAAUAUUCUAUGAUACCAACGUAUUCAAAGGUUUCGAUGAUUAUUUUGAUACUACUUUUAUUUGCUAAUCUAAUUCAAUAACUAGUUCAAUAUUCUUUUCAGAUUCCUUUCCUAAUAUUCCAAAAGUAAUUAUAACCCUAGAAAAAGUUGAUAUGUGGUAUACAAAUGCAUAAUUUUUUUUAGAAGUCACAAAUAUACAACUUACAUGUAAAUAUAAAUAAUUUCAUAAAUUUAGAUUUUGAUCUAACAAUUUCAUGUUCAAAUAACAGAGUAUAUGCUGUAAGAGUUAAAUGGUAUGCUAUUUGGGGAAAUAGUUAUCAAGUGAUAAAUUAUAUCAGUACAUCUUCAAUUGUAAAUAUGACUUUUCCACAUACAUUGAGUAAUGCAAAAAAUGGAUUUGUAAGUUUAACUGGUUUUUCAUACACCGGCAAUUUUGAUUUCUUACUUAAAGUAAAUAAAUUCCUAUGAUAAUAUUUUCAGAUUAGUGAAUUGAUAAGUUCGUCGGUUUCUGUUGAAAUCAAUUCAGAAGAUUUUACAUUCUUAAAUCUAAAUAAAAUUGGUUAUUAAGUUGUCAUAACUGAAGAUGAUAUAAUUAAUCUAGGAUUAUAAAGUUCUCUUGGGUAAUAUACUAGUUAGCCAAUCUACAUAUUAUCUGAAUCAAGGUUCGUUUUUAAUCUUUAAGGUCUUAAAUAUUAUACCUCAGAUAACAUAAGGCUAAACCUAACAUAUACUAAUGAUUCUAAUUCUAAUACCUUAAGUUAUUAAUUUGGCACAUGUAUUUAUUUUUUUUUAUUUUAGGGGAUGGGGCAGAUACUGGAAGUUAUCAUACUUAACUUUUGUUACACUAUUAAUGUAAGUACUUUAGUUGCAUUAAGAUAAAAACUUAAAGAAGAUUAGUAUCAAAUAUAAAUGAUUUACCAGAUAAGAUAAUUAAUUUCAUUAAUUUGAAUCACUAAUAUAAUAAUAUCGGAUAAUUUGAACUUAUAGUGAAUUAAAGGCUACCCUAUAUGUAAAUAGAGGUUUCUGUAAAAUGCUUUAUAGGAAAAGUAAUUCAAAGUUCAAUUCAUUAAAAGAAUAACUGUGAUCCCUCAUAAAUGCAAGUUAUUAAAUAUAAAUGUUUAAAAAAUUACAAUUUCAUAAUUUUCAAUUUAGGAUUCACUUCUUUUAGCUCUGCAUCCUAUAAAUUUAAGAUUAUAAUUACAACUUAGAGUAUUGAAUUAAUUCAAGUACUAUAGAAUUAAGUAGAAUUAGAGUAGCAACUUAUGAAGAUCGAAUAGUUAGAAUUGUGA